AAGAAUUUAGCUUUUAAUUCAGGAAUAUUAACUGUAAUUUUAAAUCGGUUAGGAGAUUCAAGAUUAUUAAUAAUUAUUUCUUUUAUAAUAAUUUUUGGUAGAUGAAAUUUAAUUUUAUAUAAUAUAAAUUUAUUAAUUUUGAUAAUAUUUUUAAUUAUAGUAUUUAGAAAAAGUGCACAAUUAAUAUUUAUAAUUUGAUUACCUGCUGCGAUAAUGGCUCCAACACCUGUUUCUUCUUUAGUUCAUUCUUCUACAUUAGUAACUGCUGGAAUUUAUUUAUUAAUUAAUUAUGAAAUAUUAAUUGAUUUAAAAUAUAAGGAAUAUAUUUUAGUAAUUUCAAGAAUAACAAUAUUUAUAUCAGGUGUAAUAGCAAAUUUUGAAAUAGAUUUUAAAAAGAUUAUUGCUUUAUCAACAUUAAGUCAAUUAGGAUUUAUAAUAAGAAUUUAUUCAUUAGGAAUAGUAAAUUUAACAUUUUUACAUUUAUUUAUUCAUGCUUUUUUUAAAUCUAUAAUAUUUAUAUGUGUAGGUAGUUUAAUUCAUUAUAUAAGAGGAAUUCAAAAUUUUCGAUUUUAUUCUGGAAUAUAUUAUUUAUAUCCAAUAAAAGGGUUAUUAAUAAUAUUUUCAUUAAUAAUAUUAUGUGGAUUUCCAUUUUUAGUUGGAUUUUAUUCAAAAGAUUUAAUUGUUGAGUAUUAUUUUUUAAAUAAAAUAAGGAUUUUUAGAUUAUUAAAUUUAAUUAUUGGAACAAUUUUUACUGUAUCUUAUUCUUUUCGUCUAAUAUUUAUUUUAAUAAUAAAUAGUUUUAUAAUAAAUUUAAUUUAUUUAGAUGAAGAUAAUAUUAUAAUAAAUUAUAUAAUAUUA